AUGAACUACUCUGAAGAAGAAGACGUGAUGCUGCUGCGCAAGAUCCUCGGAGAUCGGCCUUUUCUCGCCCAGCGAGGCAAAAUUAUUGGCGCGUGGGAUGCUUUCGCUGCCAAGCUGCUUGUCAAGACGAGACGGAAUAAGGACGAGGAGAACAUGGCAAACUCGGGUGUUUCGGAGGCGAAGAGCGAGAGGGAUUUGCGGCUCAAAGGAAUUGAUCGAGCUCGUCGACGACCACACAAUGAUUCGGUGUGCGCUGCGAAAGGAGCUGACACACUUAAACGCCAACAGGAGGAGAAAGCGUCUGCGACGGCCGGGCGCCUCGUAAUGGAGAAGCUGGGAAAAACGCGAGAGCGGUCACCGCCAGGAAAGCGGCUGAAACGGGAGGAACUGCUGAAGGACAUGCUACUAGAACUGAAGGAGAAAGAGCUGCAAGACAAAAGAGAUCCCAGGGAGCUUAUGGCUGCACAGCGAGAAGAGGAUCGAGCCCACAAGUUCGCUGUAGUUCAGGCCGUGUCGAGCAUCGUAGAUUUAAUUAGGCUGCGUAAGAAUAAUUAAACUAUCGGGUUUGGCA